CGUCCGUCAUCUCGCUUCCUGCUUUAGUGAAAGUGAGGCAUUAUUGUGUUUAUUGCACAAGUGUCGCACUUUUAAACCGAGGUGAUGACUUUAUCGGUCCAUCACCAUGUCCGGCGACGCACAGCACAGUAGAAGGCGACGCUCCCCCAAAAUGUACAUGGUCGCGUCCGACUACAGAGUGCAGGACCACCUGGAAGGAACCAUUCGCCUGCAGCGGGGGCAGCUCUGUCAGCAGCAGGAGGGAGGAGCGCACAGGAGCGGGAGAGGAGAUUACCUGUGGGUGAAGGUGAUCGAUAAUGGCUGCGUGGUGAAGGUGGACAGACAGGUGCUCAAUGAAGUCCCGGCCGAGUUCGCCGGUCUGCUCGAACCCGUCCCUGACCUGGACGUCCGUGUCAAACUGCUGUCCAGGACGCAGUUCCUGCAGCGAAUGGCGGCUUUAGCGCUGGGGUCAGAGGUGCGGGUCAUCUGGAGCCGCAGCCAAUCAGAGCUCGCCGAGGCGGAGCUUCGUUACCGCGGGCCGCUGACGAGGGGAAGCUCCGCCGUUCAUUUCGGGGUUCAGCUAAAAGGAUGGGCAGCAGGUCGUGGUAAAUGCAAUGGAAGCUAUAAAGGGCAUCAGUUGUUCUGGUGUCCAGACGGCUGCGGGCUGUUCCUCCCGGUCAGUGAGAUCACGCUCCCUCGAUCGUCCCGCGGCGGCAGCGGCAGCGGCAGCUCCAGCGACCGCCCGCCGAACCUCGCGCCGUCCGCUAACAGCCAGGGCCCCGUCAGCAUGCUGUCACGCGCUGCGGAGUCCGGCCCCAAUCCCAGCGUCCCGCAGCCGCUCGCCGUCGGGCAGAGAGUCUGCUUCGUCCAGGACGAGUGCGUCCAGCGCGGGAGCGUCCAGUUCUGCGGGCCCCUGUCGAACCGGGCCCCGUCCACGCUUUAUGUGGGAGUGUUACUGGAUCAUCCAGGAGGAUCAUGGGAUGGAUGUCAUAAAAACACCAAACUGUGCUCCAUCCCGUCCCCUGAGUUUGGCGCUUUGCUUCCCCUCUCUAAAGUAACUGCAGGUAACAUUUCUGCUUCAGGUAUCAACAGUCAAGACCGAGAAACGAGUAAUGCACCUAAUAAGAUCAAAUAAUAUGCUGUAGCAAAUGCUGUCAGGCUUCGAAUGAACAAAACACACCAUAAAACUAUCAAAUGAGCGCAUUUGGAAUAAUUAAUGAUUGAAUUUUUAAUGUUUUUAAAAGUCUC